GGACAGUUCGACGUGAAGUCGCCUGAAAAACAACAUAAAAUGAAACUCAAGCGGUUCCUUCUCAGAUACUAUCCACCAGGUAUAAUCUUGGAAUAUGACAAAGGAGGACAUUUGAGGACCAAAUCGAUCGACCUAUUGGAUUUGACUCCAGAAACAAACCCAGAUGAGUUGUUGGCAGAAAUCAGGGAAUCAGAGCCUCUGAUUACAGAGUCCCGGGCUGUUCAGGUCAAACAGCUGAUCCUACGACUGCAGCAGAAACAGGGCCAGCAGGACCACCACAGGUUCUGUUUCUUUAAGAAGCUUAAGGCACACAUACUGCCACUGACAAACGUUGCCUUUAACAAAUCAGGGUCAAGGUUUAUAACUGGGAGCUAUGACAGGACAUGUAAAGUUUGGGACACAGCCUCAGGCACAGAUCUGCACACGCUAGAGGGUCACAGGAACGUGGUUUAUGCAAUUGCAUUCAACAAUCCCUAUGGAGACAAGAUUGCCACAGGCUCUUUUGAUAAGACCUGUAAACUGUGGUGUGCUGAGACGGGCAAAUGUUUUCAUACAUUUUGCGGACACAUGGCAGAAAUAGUGUGCCUGGCAUUCAACCCCCAGAGUACACUGGUAGCCACAGGCAGCAUGGAUGCCACAGCCAGGCUGUGGGAUGUGGAGACUGGGGAGGAGGUGGCCACUCUGACUGGUCACACUGCAGAGGUCCUUUCUCUGUGCUUUAACACAGUGGGAAAUCAGCUCGUCACUGGCUCCUUUGACCACACCGUUGCUAUAUGGGAUGUUGCUUCAGGAAGACGUGUCCAUUCUUUGAUUGGUCACAGGGGGGAAAUCAGCAAUGUUCAGUUCAACUGGGAUUGCUCCCUCAUAGUCACAGGCUCAAUGGACAAAACCUCCAAGUUGUGGGAGGCAAUCAGUGGAAAGUGUGUGGCUACCCUAGUUGGACACAAAGAAGAGGUGCUAGAUGUGUGUUUUGAUCUAAGUGGGCAGCUCAUUGCUACUGCCUCUGCUGAUGGUACAGCGCGAGUGUUCAGUGCAACCACACAUCAGUGUCUUUUGACCCUAGAGGGCCAUGAUGGAGAGAUCUCCAAGAUCUGUUUCAGCCCACAAGGUAGCAGGAUCCUGACUGCCGGCUCAGACAAGACAGCUCGUCUGUGGGAUGUUCAGUCUGGAGCCUGCCUACAAGUCCUGGAGGGGCACACCGACGAGAUCUUCUCCUGUGUCUUCAACUAUGAGGGAGACACUAUCAUUACAGGCAGCAAGGAUAACACAUGCCGGAUCUGGUACUGACCCUUUCCUUGACCCUUGAGAGGAUCAGAUGGGCAUAUACAUGGAC